UAUAAAACCAAACAGUAGCAGGAGGAGGCUGUAUGUGGCAGGAUGAGAGACUUUGAGGAAACAACAGCCUUCCUGGGACAGUGGGGACCCUUUCAACUGACUGUCUUUUUCUUGCUGGGUGUCAGCAUAAUUCCCAAUGGAUUCAGUGCCUUCUCUGUGAUUUUUCUAGGGGACAGCCCCACACACCACUGUUUUAUCCCAGAUGCCAAAAACCUGAGUGAGGUAUGGAGGAAAGCAAUAAUUCCAAUUGAGGUGGAAAAUGGUCGUGAGGAAAAUAGCAAGUGUAGCAGAUACAGGCUGGACGUAGUCCGAAACCUGUCUGCUCUGGGAUACAUUCCUGGACUGGACAUCAACCUCACUCAGGUGGAUCAGGAGCGCUGUGUGGAUGGAUGGACCUACAGCGAUGACAUCUAUCAGUCUACCAUAGUCACUGAGUUUGAUCUGGUGUGCAGUGAGAGUUGGAAACAGCCAUUCACUUCCUCUUUGUACUUCCUUGGAGUGCUGUGUGGCUCCUUCUUCUCUGGGCAGCUUUCUGACUGGUUUGGGCGAAAGCCUGUACUUUUUGGGACCAUGGUGGUCCAGACACUCUUUACUUUUGUUCAAGUCUUCACGCAGUCUUGGGAAAUGUUUUCAGUCCUCUUCUUCAUUGUGGGACUAGGGCAAAUAUCCAACUAUAUUGCGGCAUUCGUACUGGGCUCAGAAAUCUUGACGGGCUCUUUGCGUGUCCUGUACGUUUCCUUGGGGGUAUGUCUGUUCUUUGCCUUUGGCUACAUGAUGCUUCCUGUCCUUGCAUUUUUCUUGCGAGACUGGAGGUCCCUCCUGCUAGCAAUGUCAGUGCCUGGGCUGGUAUACAUCCCCCUCUGGUGGUUUAUCCCAGAGUCUCCCAGAUGGCUGCUCUCUCAAGGGAGAGUGGAGGAGGCUGAGGUCAUACUGAGAGAAGCUGCCAGGAAGAACCGGGUCACGGCACCGGAGGUCAUCUUUGAGGAGUCAGAGAGUGAAGAAAAACCUAAACCUGAAGAACGCCAUAGUCCACUAGACCUCCUAAGACCCUGCAGCAUUUGUAAAACCACUCUUAUAAUUUCUCUAGUUUGGUUCACUCUGAGCAUGGGAUACUUCUGCAUAUCACUCAACACAUCCCGUCUCCACGGAGACCCUUACAUCAACUGCUUUAUCUCUGCUGCCAUUGAGGUCCCUGCUUACAUCAGCAGCUGGCUCCUACUGCGCUACCUACCCAGAAGGCUGUCUACCUCUGCUAGUAUGCUGCUAGGAGGAGCAGCACUCUACUUCAUCCAGCUGGUGCCACCAAGUGUACCUAGCCUGUCCAUUGCCCUAGAGAUGAUGGGUAAAUUUGGCUUGGCCACUGGUACUGGGUUGGUGUUUGCCUAUACUGCAGAGCUGUAUCCCACAGUGAUCAGGAACACUGCUUUAGGCUUCUGUGCCAUGAUCUCUCGAGUAGGCAGUAUCAUUGCUCCUUACAUCUUCACCUUCGGUACUUAUUAUAAGUAUUUGCCAUACAUUCUAUUGGGAAGUCUGCUUGUUCUGUCAGCGAUGACUAUUCCCUUUUUACCAGAGACCUUUGGCCGUCCACUGCCAGAGACCAUUCAGCAGAUGCAUGAACAAGCGCGAAUAAAGUGCCCAUGCAUCCCUGAAAAGAACAGGAAACCAACUAAAGAAGCCAAUGAUACAAUUCUACUGGAGAGUUCAUUGUGAUUCCUGAAUGACUGUGUUGAACAUACUGUGAAGGUGUUAAGACCCCUACUCUUUCUCCUGUUUUUGUUAUGUUAUAAUACACAAUUUAUAAUUAAAUAUACUGAUUUUUGCACAGGUGUGCCUUAGG